AUGGUCUGUGGGGGGGGUGGGGGGUGGGGGAAAUAUUUUGAGGAGAAGGACGGUUGUGGGACUCGAGGAGACUGGAAGGCUAUCUGGGAAUAUGGGGGGGGCUGGUUGUGGGAAAUGAGGAGAAGGGAUGGCUUGCUGGGCUUGAGAGGAAGAGACAAUGAGAGAGCUAGGAGAGAGGACGAGAGAGAAGGAUUUGAGCCCACUAGCGAGAGACGGAAGAGAGAAGGAGACGGAGACGACAGAGAGGAAGAAACCUGUCCUCCUGCAUCGAUCUGCGCCUCCUCUCACCUCCUUCACAUCAACACAAAUGCAUCUCACUACGUUCAGUGUUCAGCAAUUCCACAUUUUAAUGGCCGCACUAUUGAUGGUGGAACGCCGAAAACUAUCGACGCCGCUCCCAACGCCGUCUGCAGCACGGUCUGCGGCGAGGGGGUCUUGGCGCUGUGGAUCUGA